AUGUGCCGCUACUGCCAGCUGGAUGACAGCCGCUACAUCCGCAACUGGGAUGCCAAACAGCAGCGCAUCAAGUGCAACAAGAAGGGACGCGGUGGUACAUGUCAAGGUCCGCAACUGUAUCUCAACAAAGAGCAGGCAUUCCUCGCAUCUUGGGUGAACAAGCUGCAGAUCUGCCUCGACAACAAGUUCUUAGCUGGCGCACCAGCAUCAGCUGUCCCUGCCAAGCGCACACGCUCUGAGUGCUGGGUGGAAGUGCCUGUGACGCGCCGCAAGACUUCUGCGCUGCGCACCGCUAAUGCACCAUCUGCCACACGCAUCACAGCUGAAGCUGAGCCUAACCCACUGCAUGCAAGCCCAACCGCUCAAUCAGCAUUGCUGGGAAAUUGUUUGCGCAUAUCAGACUUCAUUAAAGGUGACGGCAACUGCCAGUUCCGUGCAUGGGCGCACCUGCACUACAGCAACCAGUCACGCUUUUGGAAUGCACGUCAGGUUGCUGCAGCAUGGCUCAAGACGCACGCGCACAUUGUGCGUGAGUUCUAUGCGCCAGAGGAUCCCACUGUGCUUGACCAACACAGUCCCCUGGACCUCACCACUCGGCGCUCGUACGCAAACAUGUGCGCUGAAGUUGCAAAAGCUGGAACAUGGGGCAAUGAGUACUCACUGUUUGCGCUUGUGAAUCACUUCAAGUGUGCAGUGCGGGUGUUCAUCAAGAUGCAAGAUGGUGCGCUCAUUACGCAUGA